AUGGGAGACAGGUGCUGUGCUGAAGACGGGGAAGUCGAGGUGCUGAUAUGUUCGACGUUGUUGCAACCUUGGCCGGAGUGGAUGAAGCAACAGCAGGCCGUAUCCACCAAGAUCUCGUUUGGAUCGGUACGGUGGUGCCAUCGUUUCCCCCAUCUCACCUGCAAACCCCUCCGGAUCACUGCUGCCGGUGCUCCGCCGCUGCACGGGUCUCACAUCUCUGCUCCUCUGAGCCUGCUGCACGGGUCGGAGAUGGACCGCCGCGCCACUGCAUCGGAGAGGAAGUGCUCGACCGGAUUCUCGUCUCUACAGCUACUCCUCGCUGCUCCUCGCUGCCGGCCGCGCCAGGUAGCCGCCCAAGCCGGCGGCUGCCCGCUUCCCAGGCUCCCACCCGCGGACCCGCCGCCACUCGUCGCCUCGCCGGAGCCUCGAGGUCGAGGGCUAGGGUUAGCCGCAGCCACUUGCCAGUCUUCUCUGUCGAGGAAUGACCGAAUCGAGCAAACAGAUUGCUCUGCUACUCCGUCGCUCGGGACUCGGGAAGGUCAAAGGGACUCGGCCACUCGGGAGAUGAGGGUCGUGUCCGCGGGGGCUGGCAGCUUGCGCGAGGACGUCGGCGGACCUCCGUGGCCUAUCCCUCGAGCGCGAGGACGCCGGGAGAGGAAGGGAGCGGAAGCGGAACUGCGGGCCAGAGCGGCGGCGGCUGGGGUGAGACCGUGA